AUGUCCACUGGAACACAGAUUGACAUGCACGCCCAAGGCUCGCAGAUGGAAGAUUCGGAUCAGGGCAUGCAGCCUAAGUUUGACAGCGAUGCCCCCAAAGACGAACGGGUCGAGGGCGGUGAAAGUGAAUAUAUCGAAUAUCGUCCAUUAGGCGUGGACUACGUUGAGGACAUCGGUUUAUACAACACAUGUAGGCAUCAUCCAGUGAAUCUAGGUGAUGUGCUGAAUGGACGCUAUGAGGUUGUGCGCAAACUCGGACAAGGUGGUUUUGGCCUCAUCUGGCUAUGCCAUGAUAUGAAAACUAAUAAAUGGAGGGCGGUCAAGAUUCUGACGGCAUCCGACUCGGCACAUUCGAAAGAAGAAAAGAACAACCACCUUGUUAUACCCUCGGAGCGAUUUUGGAUUGACGGGCCAAAUGGACGUCAUUAUUGUAUCGCUCUUCCCGUUCUUGGCGAAAACGCCGGGGAUUCGCGAACACACACCGCAGUCCGCUAUUUACAUGAGCGAGGGGUGUGCCACGGUGACCUGAAAGCCCGGAAUGUUUUGAUGAGAGUGAAGGGGCUUGAUAAAAUUGGCAAGGAUGAAAUGUUGAAGCUCCUUAGACAGCCCUCUACCUUACCGGUAGAGACGGAAUCAGGAAAGUCACCGGCACCACAUGCACCUGACUCACCUGCUAUCACGGACUUUGGGGAGUCUUAUCUGAUUAGUGAUCCGUCUGAAUUCAAUGUCAUGUCAAUUAGUUAUGCACCUCCAGAAAUAAUCUGGCAAAAGACGUUUCAGCCGGGCUUUCAUAGCGAUAUCUGGUCGUUAGCUGCCACUCUCUACAAAUUGGUAUGCAAUGGGGCUAUGUUUGACAGCAAAAGUUUCGGGGGCACUUUGCGUGACUUCGAGUUCUUUCCAGGUGGUCUGCCCCAGCCAUACCGAGCUGUAUAUUGGGAGCAAAUCCACGCCAUGUGCGGCCGACCAUCAAACACACCCAUUCAGUCGGAAAACGAGACAGGGGUGAUCGAUGAAUUAAGGUGGGAGAAACAAACAAACAAAUUUGAAUAUAAGUCUCUGAUCGAAGAGAGAGAGAAGAUUGUCAAGAGAACAGGAUACGCAGAUCAUUUUGAGGCUGCGCUCGGCCUUCCAAACAGUUAUUGCCCCAACUAUCACAACAAGGAGUUGACACAGGACGAACGGAACGAGCGUAAAUAUAUUUACCUUCCCAGACAAGACGUCAUCGGAGUCGCGGAUUUACUGCGAAAACUGAUCCGAUACGACCCGGCUAAGAGGAUCACCAUUAGUGAGGUGGCGAAUCAUCCGUGGAUUAAGAAAUCCUCAAAGGUCUCAGCAACAACUCAUAUCCUAGCCCAACUCACUCCCGGAAGAGAUUUAUCCCUUGCUUCUUGCCUAUGCACUACCUAUCUCUAA